AUGUCAAAACGCAGGGAGAGCGCCAUGUCACGAUCAGCGUUAACAAGGGAGCUCUUGGGCCAGUACAUCUCAGACACCCUCAGCCACAUUCACACAGUGAGGGAGUUCUGUGACAGGCAUUCCAAAUGGGCCCUUCAGAGGGAGACAGAACUGGAAAUGAUGAGGGACAUCAAGGAGAGGGCAGAGAGAAUUGACCUUAAGUUCGACCAUGUCCGUAAGUCGGCGACCAAGGCCAAGGCGUUUGGGGAGUUCGUAUGGAGCGGUCUGACCCAGGUGACUGCAGACAGUAGGCGUGAGGAGCUGGAGAAUGAGCUGGGAGCUGUACUAAAGGACACUCUGGGAGGCCUGGAGAAGCUGGAUUACUUCCUGAAUGCUGUGGAGUGUCUGGCGGUCACCUGUCUGUUGGUAUUUGAGGAGAACAGGUUCCUCUGUCUGCCUCAGGGGACGAGCCCUGCCAGUGUUCCGGCUGUCAUCAUUGCUGCCAGAAUGGCCUGCCCUCUCCUCAUCUAUUUUAAGAGGGAUGCUAAGGCCUUCUUUAUGCCCAGCCUCCUCAAUGUAGAGGUGCUGGCCUGCCAACUCGUUAGAUACAUAGAAAUCAGCCAGCAGGUCUGUAAAAGGAUGGAGAAGGGAUUACAGAUCAGACAACAGCCUGAGAGUAAACUUGGUAGCUCAGUCAGUCAAAUGAUGUUUUGUAAAAAGAGGAAUGACAUCCCUGUGGUCAACCUUGGUGGUGUGAGUGAAGAGUCCAUACAAAAUAUGCUCCAACAUUUGAAUCAGCUGAGUGAGAUCAGGAUGGACCCGCAAGUCAGACUGACGUUCCUGUUCAAAGAGGCUGCUCAGCGCUUCAUUGGCCGGUUCAGCCAGCGCCGACCCAGGAUGGAGCAGUUUCUGACGCAGUUGGAGGAGAAUGCUGUGCAGCUGGACAGGAUGAAGCUGGGGGCUAAGAUCUCCAGUGUGGCAGGCAGCUCAGUGGGGACGGCUGGAGGGAUCCUAACUAUCGUGGGCUUAGCCCAGACCCCUGUCACUGGUGGGGUGUCACUGGCUCUCACAAUUGCAGGGGCCAGCCUGGGGGUCACCAGUGGGGUCAACAGUUUAACUACUGGUAUCACAGAGAUGGUCAAUAGGAUCCAUGAGAAGAAAGCCAGUGACAUAUUCCAGAAUUUCAUGGAGGAUGUGGAGAGUCUCCAGGAGUGUCUGGAGGAUGUGGCCAGGAAUAUUGAACCCAUCCUGGGGCAGAGCACGGUGAACAUGGUUGGAGCAAGGAAGGUGAUUGCCACCACUUGGACCAUCGGAAAACGCAUUGACUCCCUAGUUGACCUUUCCUCAGGUUUUAAGUCUGCAGAAGUCCUUAGAAACAAAAAUCUGAUCUCAAGCGCUGGUAAGUUGGCGCUCCAGGAAGGCAAAGUAGCACGAAACCUACCCAAGCUAGCCGAGGACAUCCCGGACAUUGGACAGGUGGCCAAAGGCACCCCACUAGCCCUCUCCAAGUCAGCGCGGGCUGGUCUCAUCACCCUCAACGUCCUCUUCAUUGGCCUGGAUGUCUUCUUCAUCUGUAAAGACAGCGUCAGCCUGGCCAAAGGCAGCAAGAGUGAGAGAUCCCAGCUCAUCCGUGCCAAAUCAGCAUUGUGGCGCACAGAGAUGGAGUCCUGGCAGAAGAUCCAUGACUCGCUGUAUAGAGGUCUAUUAACAUUAGAGAAAAGUCAGAUCGUCCUGGAGCAGCCAUUUUACCCUCUGGAGGAGAAGCUGAGAGGGAAGAAAUCGAUGUGUAUGACACAGUAG